CCUGAGCUCACCAGCAUUUCUCUCCAGUCGCUGCUCCACUGGAUGUACAAACUCUCCCCUCUUUCAGACAAAACAUUGCAUGGUUGCAGCCAUGGAGUGCCUCAAAGACUGCUGCAAGACCUUCAUGAAGGAGAAGGGGAAGGAGCAGGAGACCCAAGUGAUCGCUCUGAAGAUGCCUCCCAAGGCUUCAGGGUUGGAUGUGGACGAGAGGAAAAGACGCGUCUCAGAGGAUUACCUCCUGUCCAAACUGCCCCCCAACGGCAGAGUGGUGCCGUUCGUCCUCCCCACCUUCAAGGCCUCCUACAUCCAACCCCGAGGCUCCCGGUACCCCAACCUACAGUCCGGACCCCAGAGUUCAGCUCGGUGCACGUAUGCAGAGAGGAAGGCUGAGCUGCUGGGGUCCUCUCAGUUCACCUACAGCCCGGAGGCCAGCUUCCACAAGGGCCAGGUGGCUGCGUACUUCACCCCCGGGUCGAACCACCGAGACACCCUGAAGGACAAAGAGUCCGGCCCCCAGAGUCCAGGCUGGUCUCUGAAACCGUCCGGUGAGCAGCGGCUCAGCAGCUCCAUGUUCGACCUGUCUAGCCCUCACAUGCAGCCCUUCGACUUGUUCUCCAGCCGACUCAGCAGCACCUCUUCCACGAUUGGCUCAAUUGAAAGCAGCCUAGACUCCAUCACGCUGUCUGGAGAUGAGCGUGAGUUGGGGAAGGUGUGCGUCCGGCUGAGCUACAAGGAGGCUCUGGAGCAGGUGUGGAUCACUCUGGUUCAGAGUUCAGACCUCUGCACUUUUCCAGAUGGAGGGGAACAACCAAAGAUUGGAUUUAAAGGCAUCAUCACCAUCCCCAAACCAAUACAGUUCAAGAGCUCCAUCAAGGAGUAUCAACAGGAUGUUUCCUUCAUGGAGACCUUUGUGUUCGCGCUGCGUCUCCAGCAGUUGCGCUGCAGUGCUUUAGUUUUGCGGCUGCAGACACACAACCCAAAGAAACGUACGGUGGCCGAGUGUGUCCUCUCCCUGAGGCAGCUCGACUCACAGGAGACCGAGCACUGGCUGGAGCUCAACCGCAAGUCCAAAUCCUCUGUGUGCCACUCUGAGCUGCAUCUCACCACCUGCUUUCAGCCCGUCAACGGACGCAUCCAACUCCAAGUCCUCGCCGCGCAAAAUCUCCCAGCGUCCUCCUCUCCUCUAACCCAAGUGUUCUUCGUCAAAGUGGAGAUGCACCAGUUGGGUCGGGUGGUCAUGAAGAAGAAGACUCGCGUCCUGAAGGCGUCGGGGGGGCAGUGUCAGUGGAAGGAGACGUUUCACUUCCUGUUGGCGGCGUUGGACCAGGCCUGUUCUCUGACGGUCAAACUGUACAGCCGGAGCUCGGUGCGGAGGAAACAGUGUCUCGGACAGGUUCAGGCUGGGUUUGACAGUCCUGUCUCCGAGGCGGUGGAGCAGUGGAAAGACACGAUGGCUAACCCAGAGAAAGUGGUGUCUGCAUGGCACACACUGAGCGCUGCCUAAACAUCUCCUCCAUCAUCUCCCCAUCAUCUCUCCUCCUAACAUCUCCUCCUAACAUCUCCCCCAUCAUCUCCUCCUAACA